GUUACUGCAAAAAAAAUAAGGGCGACUCAAGUUUCAAGCAAAUUACAGAAAAAUAUACUUAUUUUUAGUCAUUAUAAUAUGAUUCCACGGCCGACAAAGUCAUUAGUGUCAUAUAAUUCAUAAGCAUAUUUUUGUUUCCUCUCUCCGAAUUUUUUUUUAUUUUUUGAAUUUGAUAUUCGAUUUCUUAAACGUCGUUUCCUCUGAACACGCAUCUCCAGUGAAUCGUAUUUCAUCAUCGCCGACAUCGAAGAGAGCGAUAGUGUUAUAUCAUCGGAAUCCUUGAUUCACUUUCUUCCGAAAUUAUUUUCCUUCCAAUUGAUUGACGAGGAGAUUUGUUUUUUUUUUAUCUAUAAUCUCAGAUUCCAGGAAUCUACUCCUAAAUGAGAUAUCUGUUGAUCGACUAAGUGUCUGAAAGGAUCACACUGAACAUCGAGCUAGCUGGACAUAAUGGCUUGAUACAGUGUGAACGAAUGUUUCCUCUGGAACGCCAAAGCAGCAUGACCCUCCAUAGAAAUAGGAUGAAAAGAGGAGCCCUUAGACGGAGGGCUAGGGAUAUCUCUGUUGUUCUUGUUGUGCUUGUUUGUGCAACCGUAGUCAUAUGGACAUGGGAUAGAACUCCAACCUCGGCCUAUCUUCCACCUGAAAGUCACUUUCUCAAGCUGGAAACAGAAGAAAAGGUUGAGAAAAUACGUACAGCAGUGAAUACGGAAACUAAAGACAGCUACUCAUCAUCUACUCCGUUUGUAAACAAAGCAGAGGAAAGCAAAGAGGAUCCAACCGAUAACAGAGAUACAGAAGAAGAAGAGAAACAAGUGGAAGAAGUUACUGUAAGUGAGACGAAUCAAGGAAAGACACCAAUUACUGAAGAAAAAAAACUAGAACAAGUGGAACGUGAAGUAACUGUAAAUGAGCCAAAUAAUCAGAAGACACCAAUUAAUGAAGCUACGAAGAAGGCACAACACAAAAAAGAGACAAAGUCAGAUCCAGAGAUUAAAUUUCUUGCAACAGACGAAGAGAGGACUAAAAAGUUAACAGCCAAGGAAGAUGAGGGUAGUACAUCAACAGCUCUCAUCACGAAUCCAGCUUGCAAUUACGCGAAAGGGAAAUGGGUUGUGGACAACCACCGUCCUUUAUAUUCGGGAUCUCAUUGCAAACAGUGGCUUGCUUCGAUGUGGGCGUGCAGGUUGAUGCAACGUACAGACUUUGCCUUUGAGAGGUUAAGAUGGCAGCCAAAAGAUUGCUCUAUGGAAGAAUUUGAGGGUUCCAAGUUCUUGAGAAGGAUGCAGAACAAGACCCUAGCCUUUGUUGGAGACUCGUUGGGAAGACAACAGUUUCAAUCUAUGAUGUGUAUGAUCACCGGAGGCAAAGAGAGGCUCGAUGUCCUUGACGUGGGACCAGAAUUUGGGUUCAUAACUCCCGAAGGUGGAGCUCGUCCUGGUGGCUGGGCUUACAGAUUCCCAGAAACCAACACGACGGUCCUAUACCACUGGUCAUCUACGCUCUGCGACAUACAACCGAUCAACAUCUCUGACCCCGCAACAGAACACGCUAUGCAUCUCGACCGCCCACCAGCGUUCUUACGCCAAUACCUUCACAAGAUCGACGUGUUGGUAAUGAACACGGGCCACCACUGGAACCGUGGGAAGCUCAACGGUAACAGAUGGGUGAUGCAUGUAAACGGCGUUCGCAACACUAACAAGAAGCUAGCCGCUCUUGGGAACGCCAAGAACUUCACGAUACACAGCACGGUGAGUUGGGUUAGCUCGCAGCUCCGUCGCCAUCCCGGUCUUAAGGCGUUCUACCGGAGCCUUUCGCCGAGGCAUUUCGUGGGAGGGGAAUGGAACACCGGAGGGAGCUGCAAUAACACAACCCCAAUGUCUAUAGGGAAAGAAGUUUUGCAAGAGGAGUCGAGCGAUUUCAGCGCGGGUCAUGCGGUGAAAGGCACAGGGGUUAAGCUUUUGGACAUAACAGCGUUGUCUCAUAUUAGAGACGAAGGUCACAUCUCACGGUUCAGUAUCUCGGCUUCACGGGGAGUUCAGGAUUGCCUCCAUUGGUGCUUGCCUGGUGUUCCUGAUACGUGGAAUGAAAUCCUUUUUGCAAUGAUUUGAGUUUUUCAAAGUUGCAAUUUUUGUUGCAUCAGCAGAAAAAGUUCAGAGAAAGGGCUUUGAGCUUAAAGCCAUUCUUUUGAUAGCUUUUCUACACACAUUGAAGUUUUAGCGGCAUGAAGUGUAAGUUUUAGGGGGUAUAUUGAAUCAGUGAUUUGGUAUAAUUUUAGAAUUUUACCAAUCCUUAUUAUAUAAAUGAUUUUGUAGAAUGUUUUAGAAUUCUAUGUAUUCAACAAUUGCUAAAACUGCUCUAAAAUCCAAAGUUAUUCAAUUUGUUAUUUAUAAAAGUAUUUUAAAAUA